AUGAAGAUACUUCAAGAGUUGUAUUCUAACUUCACAACCGGAAUUUCGCCAUUCUACAAGAAUAUCAUCAUUGACGUGAAAAGAGAGCUACACCAUUUCCGCUUUGCUGAUGACAUCCUACUGGUAACACCUAGCAUCAGCCAAGCGGAACGAAUGCUGACCGAAUUCCACGAAACAUGUGAAUGCAUCGGUCUCCAGCCGAAUUCCCAAAAGACGACGUUCAUGCGGAACGGAUGGGUCUCGGAUGCCCCAUUCACGCUCAACGGAACGAACAUAUCCGAGUGCACCAGCUACGUUUAUCUGGGUCGGGAACUGAACAUGAUGAACGACCUGACCCCCGAGCUGGGCAGGAGGAGACGAGCGGCUUGGGGAGCGUACAAGAGCAUCGAGGAUGUAGUGAAGAAGACCAGGAACACCCGGCUCCGUGCUCACCUCUUCAACACCACCGUACUUCCUGCUUUGACCUAUGCUUCGGAAACCUGGGCAUUUCGAAAGCAGGAAGAAAACGCGGAAGACCGCCGACCAGAUGGUCAGAUUUCUUCACGAAGUCUUUCAAAGAAAAUUAUGAUGCUCUUCGUGUCCCACGCGAAAGGAGGAACCACUGGGCGACUCUGGCACGCGAUCGGGACGAAUGGAAGAAUUGCUGUCGCCCGCUCAACCACUUCGAAGAUCAACAGUAUUCAAGGUGAUCAAGGUGAAAGGCAGCAUACCACGAAUAUGGCGUGA